CAACACUCUGCAAAUCACCAGCUCACAACAGCCAGGAAACGAAACUUCUGGGAAACCGAAAGUACUCGGGAAAGGGUGGGCCAGACAGCAACCCUCCAGCCACUCUGCAGCUGGGCUCCUGUGAGCAGCAUGAACCAGGCUCCCCACACCGUCUCGAUGUACCCCAAUGCUGGGCGCCCCACACACUAUGAAAAGCUCCAGGAGGAACAUGAGGUAGCCAUGCUGGGGGCACCCCAGGGCUCAGCUCCCAUGACAACCACCGUGAUCAACAUGCCCAGAGACAUCUCUGUGCCCGACCAUGUGGUCUGGUCCCUGUUCAACACGCUCUUCAUGAACUUCUGCUGCCUGGGCUUCAUAGCCUUCGCCUACUCCGUGAAGUCUAGGGACAGGAAGAUGGUGGGUGACAUAACUGGGGCCCAGGCCUUCGCCUCCACUGCCAAGUGCCUGAACAUCUGGGCCCUGAUCUUCAACAUCAUCCUGACCAUCGGCGCCAUCGUGAUUCUCAUCAUCUUCUCGGCAGCGAUUGUCCAGGCUAUUUCACAGAUGAAAACCCAUCCUGGGGGCUUCUAGUCUUGCCAUGUCCUGACCCCCUAGCUGGCCCUGCACCCUGGGCUGAGGCCCUGCCCCUGCACCCUGGGCUGAGGCCCUGCCCCUGCACUCCACGCUUUCUGAAGCAUUUUCACGCACCCAUCUGUCCACAGUGGGAUUCAAUAAAGUGCAGUGUACUCGGG